AUGUCAAUAACAAAUGAAUUUAAUAUUGAAAAAUCAUUUAGUGACUCAUCACAUAGUUCGACAGAAUUACCAUGUUAUAUUCAUAUAAAAUGUGAUCGUAGUGAAAAAAUUUUCUGCCUUGAUUGCCGUGAAGUAUGUAAUGGACAUAUUGAUGAAGGUUUAGAUGAAGCAUAUUGUUUUGAUAUGGAACUAAACGAAUGUGAAGAAAAUAAAUAUCGAUGUCAUAAUGAUUUAAUUACUCAACUUAUUAAAGAAAUUCAUGGAAUAUUAUGUGAAACAUUUUUGUAAAUAAUUUUAUUUAUGAUUAUAUUAAAAAUUCUGAUUCUAUAUUUCAAUUUCCAAUAAAUUCCGUAUAUUUAAAUUAUACGUAUUUUUUAUAUGAAAAUAUUUCAGAAAAAAAUAAAUAUAAACACAUUAAUUAUAUCUGAUUAUAUUUGUUAUGAUGCACAACUUUGGGAUUCUUAUUAAUCCAACAUAUAUUCAUAAAAAUUUAACUUGUUUACAUCGUUUUAUAACAGAUUUAACAUCAAUUAUAAGUGGACAUAUUUGGAUGGAUAUGAUUUAAAUAAUUGAAUCUUAUUUUCGUUCAUGUUUUAAUUCUUAUACAUAUAUUAAUAAUAGCAAAAACAUCAUUACAGGGUGUCCCAAAAGUCCGGACGGAAAGUUAAUUUAAAUAUCUCUUAUACAACUCAAGCGAUUUAAUUGAUUUUUUUAUAAUAUGCUAAUAUGUCCUUUAAAGUUUUAUUUCACAUAAUUCAGUUUAUAACAAAUGUUCAAAAUGGUUACGCCAAACUGAAAUACAUAAAUCUAUCGUUUUCGAAAUCUUUAAAAAGAUAUUGUAGGAAAUUUAUUUUCGAAUUAAUUUCUUUUCUGUAUCGGUCCUUAUUUUGAAUAUAACUAAAUCUUUAUAUAUAUCUUAUACACAUAGGUGUUCACUUUAUAUUUAUCGAUAAGCCAUUUAAAUGAAAAGAGUCUUUGUCUGAAAAAAAAAGAGCUCUCCUCAUUAUGGAUAUUUUGUAAUGUGUGGAUCAAAGUGAUAUAAUUUCAACUCGAUAUUGCGAAUAUUCUUCAUGAAGUUGUACGACAAGUUACACCCUGUAUGGGCUCAUUAGUUGAUAUUCAGUGAUAAUUCGGUCUGCUAUUGUUCGUAGAAUGAAGCAGGCUAUUGCAACAACCCGAACACUCGAUAGUGGCAUAUUUUCACAAUUCUCAUAAACUUCGCGGAUUUUCUCUUCUGUAAUUUUUGAAGGUCUUUCAGAUUGUUAUCUAUUUACUACUAUACUCAUUUCGCAAAAGCCUUGGAAAGCAUCAAUAGU